AUGGAAUACGGUGGGCAAACACUCUGUGAAAUGUGUUUUGCCGUCGUCGACACCGGGGCACCUAUCACUACAAUACCGUCGGGCGAAUUACAACUGCUUCUUCAAAAUCCCGAAAUCAAAGACGGAGGCCAAGGCCUACUCCACGUACGGCCGGAAGAUUUACCACUGGUAAAAGAUCUCAAAAUAACACUCGGUAGACGUGUUUUUAUUAUUCCAGCAAAAGAUCUUUUGGCUUCAGUGAGUCAACAUUUUUUACACUACCUAAUCCUGCUUGAAAUGAGACUGAGUUCUGAGCAUAUAUCUUGUCAAUUUCAGAAGCCCACCUACAGCAUCUAUGGGCUGAGUUAUAUUGCCAACUAUCAAGGUUUGGAAUGGACAAUCGGCUUGUCAAUACUUCGAAGUUUUCACACAAUAUUUGAUGAUCGACUGGGUCAGAUAGGCUUUUCUACUAAUUUGUUCGCAAUGGGAGUUUUGUCAGUCGCACCCAUGCGCCGAUAUCCAUUUAAAUUAACAAACUCGUCCUCAUCAUCAAUCCGUGUUGCGAUUGAUAUAUUGCCACUCAUACAACCCACAGUCCGAUUUGAAUCGUGUGGUUUGACCGUAAUAAUAUAUCAAAAUGAUUACCGACCGGUGGAGAAAUAUCGUCUUGCGUUUCCCGGUGGUGAAUUAUUGUACAAGAAAUUAUCCGCAUUUGUGACUGUCGUGGUUGCUGCGUUUGACCAGCAAAUGUUGAUAAUUCAUGGCACAAAUGUAACGCGGCAUUCACACAAGCGAUAUAUUUGCUAA